AAGCUAAAGGAACCAUAAUAAAUAUAUUAAAAAUAAAUAAAUAAAAUGGAAAACCUAACCAACGGUGUUGAUAAACCGCAUUCUCGCAUCUGAGUGUCUCCUUUUUCCUUUCUUCUCCAGCGUCCGAUCCCCUCUCUUUCUUCCUCUCGUAAUCCAAUCUCCCUCUCUCCCGCCUUUUUCUUUUUCUUUUUCUUUUUAUCAUUUCAUUUUUCCCACCGAGGGUUUUCGCUAUGGCGGAGGCACCGGCUCCUGCGAGUCCCGGCGGCGGAAGUCACGAGAGCGGCGAGCAGAGCCCGAGGUCCAAUGUGCGAGAACAGGACAGGUAUCUUCCUAUCGCUAACAUUAGCCGUAUCAUGAAGAAGGCUCUUCCUGCCAACGGCAAGAUCGCUAAAGAUGCUAAAGAGACCGUACAAGAGUGCCUCUCGGAGUUCAUCAGCUUCAUCACUAGCGAAGCCAGCGACAAGUGCCAGAAGGAGAAGAGGAAGACAAUUAACGGGGAUGAUCUGCUCUGGGCUAUGGCAACUUUAGGGUUUGAAGAUUACAUCGAUCCACUAAAGACUUACCUUACCAGAUAUAGGGAGAUGGAGGGUGAUACCAAGGGCUUAGCUAAAGGAGGAGAUAUAUCUGCUAGGAAAGAUGUCCAACCAAGCCCAAAUGCCCAGCUUGCUCAUCAGGGGUCAUUCUCACGAGGUGUUAAUUAUGGGAAUUCUCAAUCACAGGCCCAUCCGAUGGUUCCGAUGCAAGGCACCGAGUAAGAGAUUCAUCCUUCUUCAGCCAAUUCCAUCAUCCAAAUCCCAUUAAAUAUCAUGGUUCAAUGCUGCAACAAAUAGUAACAAAAUGACGGUGACAUUUGGGAUGGUUGGCAUCCUCUUAUCCUGUAAGCUGUUAUUUUCUAGUAAUGUUUGUAUGUCAGUUGUUCUUUGAAAUAGAUUCACUUUUCAAAGAAUUGUGUAAAUCUUGGGAGGAUUGUAAAUUUGAGCUCUUGGGGAGGACAACAUAAUAUUCUGGUAUGACAUUGUUUAGGAAACUUCAUAUGCUUCUGAUCAUCCUAUUUUUAUGUGACUCUGAACAAUGUAAGGUCCAAUGGACAAGAUUAUUUAUUUGAUUGUUGAUUUCAACUGUCAGUUAAUU